AUGGAAGAGGAGAUGUUUUGUUACAUUCAUGAAGGUGGUGAGCUUGUUAAGACUGCUGUUGGGUCCGUUGAAUAUAAGGGAGGUCGGACCAAUUGCAGUGUUGUUAGCAAGAAUAUCUCACAAUCUGAAUUCGUUUCAAAAGUAUGUGGUGAACUGAACUUGGAUUCCAAUUCUAUUAAAUUGGAAUUCACAGUCAAGUUUGACCCAUCAUGUCUAUUGCCACUGCAUAAUGAUGGCGACAUAGUCAAUAUGUUCAAAUUCAACGACAUGUUUUGUCAUGUCUACAUCUCCCAGUGUACUGAAUGUGGUGAUGACCUCAUUUGCCCUACUAGUGGCCCAACCCCCAUUGUUGCUUCAAACUCAGCUCAUGUUUCCUCUAUUGGCGAGCCCCCAUUACACAUCUCUAAUGAGUCGCCCACAAUUCAGUCAUUUGGGUUUUCCCAAAGAUGUGCUAUGACAAAUACCGUUCAACUUCAACCAAGCCGGUUCGAACAUUCAAUUGUAGGUAGUGGACAUACCUUCCCAAAUGCGUCGGAGUUUCGAGAUGCAAUAUAUUUGAUGUCUUUGGUUGGAAAAUUUCAAUACUCUUACAAAAGGAAUAGUCCAAAACACAUGACCGUAGUAUGCACAAUUGAAGAUUGUCCUUGGAAAAUCACUGCGCGUGCAAUAGGGGAUUCAAACAUUGUUCAAGUACACACAUUCCGAAAUGUGCAUAACCAUUGCUUGGAAGAUGUUGUCUUGUCUCAGCCUUUAGUGAGAUCCACGCGUGCAUCGUUGGUCAUUGAUGAUGUUAUUCGAUCUACUCCUGAAUACCAACCACGCCAAAUUUGUAAGGACUUUGUAAGGCAACAUGGCAUCCAGUUAACUUACCUACAAGCAUGGCAAAUGAAGGAGAAGGCUAAGGAGCGCAUUUAUGGACAACCCAAGAAUUAUUACAAAUUGUUGCCAUGGAUGUGUGAAAGAAUGCUUGCAACAAAUCUGGGAUCGAGUGUUGAGUUGAGUUAUUCCGAUGACGACCAUUUUGAGAAGCUUUUUGUUGCUCAUUCAAUAUCUAUCGAAGGGUUUGUAAGGGGGUGUUGA